CCCAAAAAGCCAGUUAUUGCAAACAGAGAAGGGUUUUCGAGAGCUUCAUUUUUAUACCAUGCUUCUCAAUCAAUGGCUUUGCAAAAUGAGGCAUUGUCCAGAAUGUACUCCAAAUCAAUGGAUUCUGUUACCAAAAAGAGUGUCUUGAAGCUCGACCCAAGCUUGAAAAGGACUGUAUGUAAGGGUUGCCAUAGAGUUCAAACAGCUGGUGUAUCUUGUGCAAUAACAGUUGAAAAUGCAGGGAAACAAAGUGAGGUUUACCAGGUCAAAUGCAAAUGUGGGAAGCUGAAAAGAUAUCCAGUAGGUAAAAAUAGAGAUUAUGUCUUAUUUAGUGAGAAAGAG